AAAUCACUUUAUUUUUGGGUAUUUCUUUCUCCCCUCUGCAGCGAAAAGCUGUCCACAUAUCACACGAAUGUGAUAAAGAAGUCUUUAAACCCCGAAUACGAGGAGGACUUCACCUUUUCGUCGCUCGCUUUUGAAGAGCUCCGGAAUAUAACCAUAAGAAUAUGCGUUUACGUCAAACGAAAACAAUUAUCUAAACGACAAUUAGUGGGCGACUUAUGGGUCCCGCUCUCCAGACCUGAUUUAGAGCCCGAUAUUGAGCUCAACUGCAGGGAGAAGCUGUCGUUAGCCUGUCCUCAAACUGGCAAAAGAUACUGUAUAUACGGGCCCACUAUUGAUGACUGGGAGACUGGGUUUUCUAUUCAUUGAAAUUCAGUACCAAUCCGAAGCCCAAAGGUUUAAAGUGGU